AUGUUCCUGACAUUCUCCAGAAAAAACAUGUCCCAGAAACUGAGUUUGUUGUUGAUUAUAUUUGGCUUCAUCUGGGGGUUGCUGUUGCUUCACUACACAGUCCAACAUCCACGACGUCCGAGCAGCAUGGAGUUACGGGAGCAGAUCCUGGACUUAAGCAAAAGAUACGUGAAAGCUUUGGCCGAGGAAAACAAGAGCCUCAUGGAUGGCGAGAAUGGGGCAUCUCUGGCAGGAUAUGCUGACUUGAAAAGAACCAUCGCUGUCCUCUUGGACGACAUUUUGCAGCGCCUGGUGAAGCUGGAGAGCAGGGUGGACUACAUGGGGGUCAGUGACUCGGCCACCAACAUCACCAAUGGCACCGCCGGCAACCUCCUGCCAGGGACGCCCAGUAAGAGGAUCAAUGCGUCGGGCCACAUCAGAUAGCGCCC